CUGCGAAGCAUCUUGAAUCUUCCCAUCACCACUCCCUUCGACACUUCUCGGCUCGCCUCGCUCAGAUCCGAUUGAAAGCUGCGAACACUUGGAGGCUCGCUGCUGGACAAAGGAGAAGCAAUCAAGUAACGCCACCAUAGACCAAGUGCACACUCACUCGCACUCACACACACACCAUGGCGGAUCCGAAACCUGCUCAGCCGGUGCCAGCAGGUGGCGAGGACAAGAAGGAGGAGACCGCCACUGCGAUCCUUCGCCAGAAGAAAUCCCCCAAUCGUCUAUUCGUCGAAGAGUCGACUACGGACGACAACUCGGUAGCAUGCCUGUCUGCUGCCAAGAUGGAGGAGCUUGGCCUCUUCCGAGGCGACACAAUCCUCCUCCGAGGCAAGAAGAGGCGCGACACUGUUCUCAUCUGCCUGACCGAUGAGAAUACCGAGGAUGCCAAGAUCAGACUCAACAAGGUCGCCCGAAACAACCUCCGUGUCAAGCUCGGCGACAUGAUCACAGUACACGCAUGCCACGACAUCAAGUACGGCAAGCGUAUUCACGUCCUGCCCUUCGACGACAGCGUUGAAGGCCUCACAGGUAACAUUUUCGACGUCUACCUCAAGCCAUACUUCCUCGAGGCAUACCGACCGGUCCGCAAGGGCGACACGUUUACAGUCCGAGGAGGCAUGAGGGCUGUCGAGUUCAAGGUCAUUGAGACGGACCCCGCAGAGUUUUGCAUUGUGGCGCAGGACACGGUCAUUCACACCGAAGGCGACCCAGUCAAGCGCGAGGACGAGGAGGCAAGCCUUGCGGACGUGGGCUACGACGAUUUGGGCGGCUGCCGCAAGCAGCUGGCGCAAAUUCGCGAGAUGGUCGAACUGCCGCUGCGACACCCUCAGCUCUUUAAGAGCAUCGGUAUCAAGCCUCCUCGUGGUGUUCUCAUGUUCGGCCCACCCGGUACGGGUAAGACACUGAUGGCGAGAGCCGUUGCCAACGAGACGGGUGCUUUCUUCUUCCUCAUCAACGGCCCAGAGAUCAUGAGCAAGAUGGCCGGUGAAUCUGAGUCGAACUUGCGCAAGGCCUUUGAAGAGGCCGAGAAGAACUCGCCCGCAAUCAUCUUCAUCGAUGAGAUCGACUCGAUUGCGCCCAAGCGAGACAAGACCAAUGGAGAAGUCGAGCGCCGCGUCGUUUCUCAGCUCCUUACCCUCAUGGACGGCCUCAAAGCUCGCUCCAACAUCGUCGUCAUGGCGGCCACCAACCGGCCAAACUCGAUCGACCCUGCUCUUCGAAGGUUCGGCCGAUUCGAUCGCGAGGUCGACAUUGGCAUUCCUGACCCUACCGGCCGUCUCGAGAUCUUGCGCAUUCACACGAAGAACAUGAAGCUGGGCGACGAUGUCGACCUCGAACAGAUUGCUGGCGAAACGCACGGAUACGUCGGAUCUGACAUUGCCAGCCUGUGCUCGGAGGCAGCCAUGCAGCAGAUUCGUGAGAAGAUGGAUCUCAUCGACCUCGAUGAGGACACCAUCGAUGCCGAGGUCCUCGACUCUCUUGGUGUCACAAUGGAGAACUUCCGCUUCGCCCUCGGAAUCUCGAACCCGUCGGCCCUUCGCGAGACUGUCGUCGAGGUGCCCACAGUCACUUGGAAGGACAUCGGUGGUCUGGAGAAGGUCAAGCAGGAGCUCCAGGAAACGGUCUCGUACCCCGUCGAGCACCCAGAGAAGUUCCUCAAGUACGGCAUGUCGCCCUCAAAGGGUGUGCUCUUCUACGGUCCCCCUGGUACGGGUAAGACGAUGCUCGCCAAGGCCAUCGCCAACGAGUGCCAGGCCAACUUCAUCUCCAUCAAGGGACCCGAGCUCCUCACAAUGUGGUUCGGAGAGUCAGAAGCCAACGUCCGUGACGUCUUCGACAAGGCUCGCGCUGCCGCACCCUGCGUCAUGUUCUUUGACGAGCUCGACGCCAUUGCCAAGUCUCGUGGCGGCUCUUCCGGUGACGCCGGCGGUGCUGGCGACCGUGUCAUCAACCAGAUCCUUACUGAGAUGGACGGCAUGAAUGCCAAAAAGAACGUUUUCGUCAUUGGCGCCACCAACAGACCCGACCAGAUCGACCCUGCCAUCCUUCGUCCCGGCCGUCUGGACCAGCUGAUCUACAUCAGCCUUCCCGACGAGGCCUCGCGCCUGUCCAUCUUCACUGCGACACUGGCCAAGUCGCCCGUCGAAGGCGUCGACCUCAACUACCUGGCCAAGCACACCAACGGCUUCUCUGGUGCCGACAUCGCUGAGAUCUGCCAGCGGGCAGCCAAGCUUGCCAUCCGCGAGUCGAUCGAGGCCGACAUCAAGCGUCAGCGUGAGCGCGACGAGAAGCGGGCCGCAGCGGGCGAGACGACCGAUGAGGUCAAGAUGGAAGAGGACGGCGAAGAGGCCGACUUUGAGGACCCUGUGCCUCGUAUCACGCCUGCUCACUUCGAGGUGGCCAUGAGCUUCGCGAGACGGAGUGUCUCGGACGCCGACCUGCGCCGGUACGAGAUGUUUGCGCAGAACCUGCAGCAGACGAGGAGCUUUGGCAGCUCAUUCAAGUUCCCGGACUCGGCCGAUGGGAGCGCACCGAGCGGGGGCGCCCCAGGCGCGGGAGGCGGCGGUGGCGGCGCUUCCUUCGGGAACGACGGCGACGACGACGAUCUCUAUGCAUGAGAUGCCCCCUCCUCUUCCCUUUCCCCAUUGCUCUCUCCGAGAAUUUGUGAAAAGUAACUCCUUGCGAUUCUCUUCCCACCUGUCUUCGCCUCUGACCUCUCUCUCUGUGUCUGAUGAAUGAAAGAUUGAACAUCUUAGAUGA